AUGUCCAGGUCCAGCGCUCAUAUAUCCCCGCUUCCCCCCUCCCGCCUUCCUUCCUCGCGUACACCUCCAUCUCCGUCCGCGCCUCUUCCUUCCUCUUCCUCUCUGUCUUCCGCGCUUCAAUCCGCGUUUACCUCUGUGCAUCCCAAUUCAAUUCCGCUUCACCAAGUCCCGCUCUCCUCCCCGCGCCCGCGUCCCCACCCGCUUGUGACGCCUCUGUUGUUGCAGCAGCAUUCUCUCCAGAAAACCCUCACGCCAGACCACCGACACCAGCAACACCAACGCGAACAUCAACGCGAACACCACACCCUCCAACAACGCGAAGCAAACCUCGACAACCAAGACCUCCCACUCGCACUCAAGCCCCGCCCCGCGCACCUCAUGGACCUGACGAGCACGAUUGACUUGUCUAGCUUGUCGGCUCUCUCUUCUCACAACCAGCAGGGGCAAGGACACGCGUCGGGGCAAGCGUCGAUACAAGUGCAAGGACAAGGCCGCUACGCAGCCUCGGCUUCGCACUCGGCGCCGUUCGAGAGCGCGCUUUCGCGUUGGCAGGCGCAGGCGCGUGCGUUUGGGCUCGGUGUCGGGCUCGGUGUUGGUGUUGAUUCUGCUUCCGGUCUUCCCUUCCCAACAACCCCAGACCCAAUACCAUCGGGACGCACAGAAACAGGAGCACCCCCAACGCCAAAAGACAUCCCCAACCUCGACGUCGUCGUGUUCGAAUUCGUUGUCGUCGCGGAGCAGCUCGACGAGUCUUCGGAGCGCGGGGAGCACGAGCACGGGUGUGAGAUUGGGUGGUGGAGGGAUGGGAGGGGGAGGAGAAGGAGGAGUAGAGGUAGAGGGAAUAGGGAGGGAGAUGGGUACAAGAGGUAUAGCGGGAAAGACGACGAAGAGGCGGAGGCGUUCUUCGGGACGCGCUCGCGUGUGGUUAGGCUGCCUGCCAACGCGAGCCUCCUAUCGAGUGGUGUGUUUCAGGGCCGCCCCGAGAGCACCAGCAUUCUGGAGAGAGCAUCGCUGUGGACGCACGGGAGCUGGGCAGGGAGCGUGUUCGCGGUGUUCCGGACGCACGACGAGGCAUGCGCCGCCCUCGCGCUCCCCGCCGCCACCCCAGCCCUCCACUCCGACCUCGUCCCCCACGCAGCGCUCAGGCCAUUCCUUGCUCUCCCAUCGAUGACACUGAGCGAGGCGCCGACGCAGACGUACACGCUCUCGAGCAACCCGCCGAACCCCAAGAACAGCUUCCGCCUCGGCGACUGGAUAUGCCCCUCGCCAAAAUGCGCCGCCCAUAACUUUGGUCGCAACGUCGCCUGCAUCGGCUGUGGCUGCCCACGCACCACCGACGGCUCCCUCCUCCACCCACACGCUCUGCACGCGCUCUCACUAUCCACCUCUGCCCUGGGCCAGAGCGCAGGUGCAGGUGCACCCUCGCCCCGGUUCGCACCGCCCAACAUGGCGACAAGCACAACGACGUAUUACUCCUCUGGACCCUCGCCCACGACUCAGCUGUCCCUACCCAACAUCAGCGCCGGCGCUAGCCCCACCGCGCAGGCCCAGCAACACCUCCCGCCGUCCUCCGCACCUGCGUCCUCCACCUCUUUCGCAAUCCCCAACCACCCCUCCCUCUCCCUCUCUGUACCUUUCCCCACCAAGGGUGCCUCCCACAUCUCCUCGCCACUCUCCCCUCACCCUCACUCCCAGUCUUCUCACACCCAUGCCGCCCAACAGUACCCACAGCCCUCCCACUCCCACCCUUACCCUCAAUCCUCUCACCAGCACCAACACCCAGCAACUCACACCGCGCCUACGCACCCCCUCCUCACACCCUCCGGACGCGCCUUCGCCGUCGGCGGCAAGGUCCAGAACGUCUCCUCCGACCCGCUCAACCCGUGCGUCAUGUACUGGCCCGACAACGAGCCGCUGCCCGAGCAGGGGCAGAUUCGGCCCAGUGGGAUCGUGGGCAUCGCUCAGCCCCCCAUCCUCAACACAGGCAACCGCGGUCCGAUCUCACAUCAACCCGGCGACUGGAUAUGCCAGAAAUGCAACUACCUCAACUGGCGCAGGAGGAAGGUGUGCCAGACGUGUUUGCCUUACGCAGAAGGCAACGGCGACUCCAUCUCAGCAGCGGUACAGGCAGAGCGCAUCGCGCUGCUCACGAGCGUGCUCUCGCAGGCGUCGAUUGGUGGGGCGUCUGCAGCCUCCGCGUCCCCUGCGUCCUCCACUUCCCCUACCGCUAUCGCUGCCUCCAAUGCCGCCACCAUUAACGCACAUCCCGCAAACCAACCGAACCCGCCCCGAUCGCACUCGCUCACCCCACCACACGCCGCUCUGAACGCGUACAGUACCACUGGGCCCCUCCACCCCAACGCCGGUGUAGCUGCAGGGGUAGGUAGGACCGUCCACCGCUCCCAAUCCCACUUUGCGCUCGGGCAGGCGUAUGCUCUAGGCGGGGCGUCGCCGCUCUCCUCAAUGUCAACAUCAGCUUUCGGAGGGACGGGCGGACUUGUGCCUGGCCAACACCACCAGACGCUGUACCCCGCGUCGCCCCGACUGAGUCCGAGCGCGAGCCCGAUAUACCAGACGUCCGGACACGGGCAAGGGCACGGGCUUGGAGGGCUUAGGAGUGGUGGGAGUGGUGGUGUCAGUCCAGGGCCGAGGUUGAGUCCUUCGUUCGUGCAUCAGUUGCAGCAACACACGCAGCAAAACCAACAACACACCCUGCAACACCAGCAGAAUAACCGACAGAAUCUCAACUACCAACAGCAACGUCAGCAAGUCAGACCCAGCCCGUCGAUGUCCUCGCUCCGAGCGCAGUUCCACGGUUUUCAAGGGUUAGGCGGUGGACAACAAGGACACAGCCAACUCGGUGGGCAGGGACAGCAGCUGUACGCUACCGGGCCGAACCCAGGCGUAGGUGGUGGGAUGGGGACGGUGGAUCUGGGGAUGAGGCGCGCGUCGAUACCUACUUCGUUUGGCGUCGGGGUUGGAGGAGGUCAGGCUGGACUUGGAGGGUUAGGAGGAGGGUUAGGAGGCGGAAGGACACAGCAUCAAUACUACCAGCAGCACGAGCAGCAGAUCCACACGCCGGCGCCGGCGCCGCUCCUCCCGUCCUUCCUACAAGAGAUGGUGCGCAGCCCCGCGCCCGACAUGUCGAGGUCGCCUCUCCCUCCCUCCCUCCACAUUGCUUCUGCUACCGCCACCACCACCACCGCGCUCACCCGCUAUUCCCCAUCGAUCUCACAGAUGCGAACCAGCCCCACAACGAGCAUCAAUACUGACACUGAGCGGAAGAGCCCCACAGGCCCGGCGGACCUCCCUGAGUUCUCUUCUGUUUCGUCUGAAGAGGAUGGGUCGGGCGAAGGCUCAGGGUCAGGCUCGUCGGAGGAAGGGUAUGGUGAAGAGCUCGAGCUCGAGCUGGUGUCGCCUGUGUCGGCGGGGUACCCAUCUGGGGUGCAGGUGCACAGUGCACCCUUCGGGACAGAGUCGGGCUUCCACCUUGGCUCGAGCAGCCAGCGCUUCGCACCCACCCUCGGCCUCGGGGCCAACGCGGCGUACGACCCGUUUGCCGCUCAAGCGAAGGCGUUCGACCUCGACAUCAACCUCGACUCCGCGCUUAACCUCGACCUCGACUUUGACGCCCAACGCAGCAUAAGAGCGAGAGGCGCCAGUGGGUCGUCUGACGACUCGCUCGGCUCUGGCGGCGCAUCCGAGACGUGGAUGCACGACGCGCUCCUCCGCCCUGGGCCAGGGGCGGCGGCUGCCUUGGGCAGCGGCCUGGGCAGUAUUUGGAGGCUGGACGGCGAGGAGAGUCGGUGCCUUGGCGGUGCUGGUGCUGGUGCUGGUGGUCUCAAUGGUGGUGUGGGUGUGGGUGGGGCCUUUGGGGCUGUUGGUUCGGGGCGGAAGACGAGGUGUUGA